AUGGCACGAUGGGCUGAGAACAAAGGAAUUCACAUUGAGCUGGCCCUCAUCCAUGAAACCGCCGUGACUGAAAUCAAGACAUGCAGUGAUCGCAAACUCAACAUAUAUAAAUGCGUCCGACGGCUUGGUGGCGGUUUCCGGCAUCGAGGCGACCCCGUCGGCGAAGAUACUCAGGGUGACGUACGGAUUGAACCCAAUCACGACAAUGGCAGAGAUGUUGACCACUUCAAAGGCCAGCACAUUCAAGCCAGCCGCAAGCCAGAGUGCAUGGUCUGUUGGAGCGAUCCACUGCACCCCAUUGACAUCUGGAAGACAGAACUUCGUUAUGAGAGACAUCGGGUCGGAAGAGGCACCGGGAACGUCGGAGGCAUGGGCUAUGAAUGGAAAAUUCAUGAUGUUAUCGAAGUCUGGAUUGAAGUCAUCCUUGGCAUAGAAGAGUCCAGCGAGAGUGAUCGGAGGGGCCUCAAACGCGAGGGCCAGCCCCCCGAGGGUGAACCCGAUGUCGGGGACGUUGAUCAAAUCAGUGAGCUUGAUCAUUGUCAGGUCGAUUCCCACGCCGAACUGAAGCAGUGUAAAUCCAAUGGGACCAAGCACGACGGUGGCAUCAAGCAUGACCCAGAGAAACUUAUUGUGAUAGCGAAGCCCAAUGUUCGCGAUUGA